AUGGACCCAUCUACUGCCAGCCGUGCUCUUCCUGAGGAGUUCACGGAGGACAUUGUUCCUGAGAUACCAGAAAAGGAAGCCGGAACUACCGUUGAUGUUAAUCCGACCUUGACCAUAUCUUCUCCGGCCCCCUCUUACAUAGAAUUGAUAGAUCCAGGUGUGCAUAACAUUGAAAUCUACGCGGAAAUCUAUAACCGUCCACUGUAUCGUGUGGCUUUGUUCUUCUCGCUCUUCCUCAUAGCCUAUGCUUACGGGUUAGAUGGUAAUAUUCGUUACACUUUCCAGGCGUAUGCGACAUCUUCAUACUCCCAGCACUCCCUGCUGUCGACUGUCAACUGUAUCAAGACAGUUAUUGCGGCUGUGGGCCAAAUCUUCUUUGCCAGGUUGUCCGAUAUUUUCGGCAGAUUCUCUAUCUUGGUCAUUAGUGUGAUCUUUUACAUUAUGGGGACCGUCAUCGAAUCGCAAGCGGUGAAUAUUACUAGGUUUGCUGUUGGUGGUUGUUUUUACCAGUUGGGUCUCACCGGUAUCAUCCUAAUCCUGGAAGUUAUUGCUUCAGAUUUUUCGAAUUUGAACUGGAGAUUAUUAGCUUUAUUCAUUCCUGCUCUGCCAUUUAUUAUCAAUACUUGGAUUAGUGGGAAUGUUACAAGUGCUAUAGGUACUAACUGGAAAUGGGGUAUUGGUAUGUGGGCUUUCAUAUUACCGCUGGCUUGUAUUCCAUUGGGACUCUGUAUGUUGCACAUGAGAUAUUUGGCGAGGAAACAUGCAAAGGAUAGAUUGAAGCCUGAAUUUGAAGCCCUAAAUAAACUAAAGUGGAAGUCAUUCUGUAUCGACAUCGCUUUCUGGAAAUUAGAUAUUAUCGGUAUGUUGCUAAUUACUGCGUUUUUCGGAUGCGUAUUGGUUCCGUUCACAUUAGCUGGUGGUCUGAAGGAAGAAUGGAGAACUGCACAUAUUAUUGUCCCUGAAGUCAUCGGCUGGGUCGUGGCGCUACCAUUGUAUAUGCUAUGGGAAAUGAAAUACUCAAGGCACCCACUGACACCAUGGGACUUGAUUAAAGACAGAGGUAUUUUUUUUGCUCUGCUCAUUGCAUUCUUCAUUAAUUUCAAUUGGUACAUGCAAGGUGACUACAUGUAUACUGUGCUAAUUGUCGCAGUUCAUGAGUCGAUCAAAUCGGCCACAAGAAUCACAUCCUUGUACUCGUUCGUUUCUGUUAUCGUCGGCACAAUUCUCGGGUUUAUACUGAUUAAAGUGAGAAGGACCAAACCCUUUAUUCUAUUCGGGAUUUCUUGUUGGAUUGUCUCAUUUGGUCUUUUGGUCCAUUACCGUGGUGAUUCCGGUGCCCAUGCCGGUAUUAUUGGUUCUUUGUGUCUACUAGGUUUUGGUGCAGGUUCAUUUACCUACGUGACUCAAGCUUCUAUUCAAGCUUCCGCUAAAACUCAUGCAAGAAUGGCGAUAGUAACUUCAUUGUACCUGGCUACCUAUAACAUUGGAUCUGCAUUUGGUAGUUCUGUUAGUGGUGCUGUUUGGACCAAUAUUCUACCAAGGGAAAUUUCAAAAAGAAUUUCUGAUCCCACAUUAGCUGCACAAGCAUACGGUUCCCCAUUCACAUUCAUCAUCACUUACACGUGGGGCACACCGGAGAGAAUUGCUUUGGUCAUGUCCUAUCGUUAUGUUCAGAAAAUUUUGUGUAUCAUAGGUUUGGUGUUCUGCUUUCCUUUGUUAGGCUGUGCCCUCAUGUUGAGAAACCACAAACUAACUGAUUCUAUUGCCCUUGAAGGCAGUGAUUACUUGGAAAGCAAAGAUGCUUUUGAACCUAAGGAAAAGGAAGAAACUUUCCUGAAGAGCAAAUUUUUGUCCCAGUUCACAGGAAAAAACAAGGAAAACUAA